AUGGUUCCUCGGUGUAAGAACUGUGGUAACACAGAAUUCGAACGUGAUCACAAGACCGCGUCCUCUGAUCUUGCGUGCUCCCGAUGUGGUACCGUUAUUGAAGAAAACCCAAUCGUUUUAGAGGUCACGUUUGGAGAGGCUCCAUCUGGAGCUGCAAUGCUCCAAGGAUCUAUAGUGGGCGCCGAUCAGGCUCGUGCGAGCUUUGGAAAUAAUAGAGGAUCACUAGACUCGCGUGAACAGACACUUCAAAACGGGAAAAAGCGGAUCAGGAACGUGGCUGCCGCACUCAAAAUUAAAGAAUACAUAGCCGAUGCUGCUUGUCAGUGGUUCCAGCUUGCUCUCACAAACAACUUUGUGCAAGGACGACGUUCGCAGAACGUUGUGGCAGCUUGUCUUUAUAUCGCUUGCAGAAAGGAGAAAACACAUCAUAUGUUGAUUGAUUUUUCUUCAAGACUCCAGAUCUCUGUUUAUGCUGUUGGAGCUACGUUCUUGAAAAUGGUGAAGGCUCUCCAUAUCACGUCUCUUCCUUUAGUUGAUCCUUCUCUGUUCAUCCAAAAUUUCGCCGAGAAGCUGGAUUUCGGGAGAAUGCUUCCCAAAGUGAUUAAUGAUGCUAUCAAAUUGGCGCACCGAAUGAGCGAAGACUGGAUUCAUGAGGGUAGAAGACCCGCAGGUAUUGCUGGGGCGUGUAUUCUGUUGGCAGCGCGUAUGAACAAUUUCAGAAGAACGCACUCGGAAAUCGUCGCCGUCACACAUAUUGGAGAAUCAACCAUUCAGAAAAGACUGAACGAAUUUAAAAACACACACGCAUCAGGACUGACCGUGGAAGAGUUCCGCGAGCGCGGUCAAGUGAAAUCUACACUUCCUCCAUCGUUCCAGAAGAAUAGAAGCAGCGAGAAGAAGUUAAAGAAUCAGAUAUCCAAGCCUUCGAACGAGGACGAUUUGACGAAUGAUCCUGUUUUGGCAGCCAUCCUAAAAGAUUCCAGCUUGUCCGAAAAGGAGAUCCAGGACCAUGUGAAACGCGUGUUCCAGAGACAGAAAAAGGACCGAAUGCGCAGACUCAACUCGACUGUCGGAGAAGACGAAGAACAGGACGACGACGAUAUCAACGAGCAAAAUUUGGAAUUCGAGCAGAUGAUUGAGAAGAACCGCCCGCGCAAUCUCUUAAAGGCUCUUCCCAAGACUGAACAACUGUUGUCGAAAAUAGCAGAUGAUCCGGAUGACCUUGCGGACGUGGAUGACGAUGAAAUCGACACUUUACUUCUGACCGAGGAGGAAAGCAAGUUGAAGGAACGCUUAUGGGUGGGAUCCAACCAGGAUUUUUUGCUGGCACAGGAAACGAAGCGAUUGAAAGAAGAUGCCGACAAGAUUGCUGGUCACAACCAGCAUCCAAAGAAACGGAGACGCGUGACGAAGCCCGAAGACAGAGCAAACAAUUUAAAGAGCGAGUAUGGCGAGUACCUGACAGGAAGUUCUUCACAGUUAGGAUUGACUGCUGCUUUGAAUCAAGAGCUAUCCGCGGCGGAUAGUGCGAAGAGCAUGCUCAAAAAUAAAUCGUUGAGCAAGAAGAUUAAUUACGAAGCGGUGAACGAUCUGUUUGACGAUAAUUAG